CUUUUUGCCAGGUUAUUAAUAGGACACAUGCUUAGGUCCAAGGGUCUUGCAUUGGUGGGAGCUGUUUGGAAAAGUAGAAUAUUCAUCAAAACAGUGAAUAAUACUUUUAAUCCACGUUUUCUUUCCUCCUUGGCUUCAACUAUGGCUUAUUCUCUCCGUGAAAGUGGCGCUCCAAAUACCUUGGACUACAGAAUAUAUUUUUGUUCUGAUGGACACGCUAUAUCACCUUUCCAUGACGUCCCACUCUUUGCCAAUGAUGAGAAAACCCUACUGAAUAUGGUGGUAGAGGUACCAAGAUGGACUAAUGCAAAGAUGGAGAUCAACACAAAAGAAGCACUGAAUCCCAUCAAGCAGGAUGUUAAGAAAGGAAAACUGAGAUACGUUAAUCACUGCUUUCCAUAUCAUGGCUACAUCUGGAACUAUGGAGCCUUUCCUCAGACGUGGGAAGACCCUAGCCACAAAGAUGAAGACACAGGUUGUCUUGGAGAUAAUGAUCCAAUAGAUGUCUGCGACAUUGGAACAUUGGCAGCCAAACGAGGUGACAUCAAACAAGUCAAAGUCCUUGGAAUCCUUGCCAUGAUUGAUGAAGGAGAAACUGACUGGAAAGUAAUUGUCAUUGAUGUUAAUGACCCAAAGGCCAAAGACAUGAAUGAUAUUGGAGAUGUUGAAAAACACAUGCCAGGCUUACUUAAGGCGACAGUAGAUUGGUUCAAGAUAUACAAAGUCCCCACAGGCAAACCAGAGAAUACUUUUGCAUUUGAUGGUGAAGCAAAGGACAAGCAAUUUGCCAUGAAGAUUAUCAAUGAGACGCAUGAUUACUGGAAGCAGCUUAUAAUGGAAAAGACUGGAAACAAGGGUGGACUAGCAUGCAAAACGGUAACCAUGACUGACUCACCAUACAAAAUGGCCCAAGAAGAUGCAGAUGCAAUCAUGAAUAAAACUCCACCAGUAGAUCCAGCACAGCCUGUCGCAGAAGAAGCUGACCGUUGGCAUUUUGUAACACGUUCUUGACUGCAUGGCAAAAAAUUAAAGACCAAUGUUGCUUUUUACCACAAGUUGUAGAAUCUUAUAGGCACUGUCUCUUAUUGAAAUUGGUUUGGCUGAUAAUCACCUAGUGGUUUAGUUUAACAUAGAUUCAGCUGUCAGCUAUAUAUGCUUGCUUUGGUGGUGCUCUGGUGAACAAGUACCAUAGUUUUUCACACAUAAUAUCAAAAUCUUAGAUAAAAUAAAGUUGAAAAUCAA